CAUACUAUUUGUAGUAGAGAUGCAGGAUCCCCAAUGAAAACGAUACAACAUGCGAUUACAAGCCUCAAGGGAGCUCAGUACUCCACGGCCUACAUCGAGUUACUGAAAGGUCAUCACGAUCUUGCUGCAACGUUGCAGAUUAACGUCAGCAACGUCGUCAAACGUUCGUAUCAACGACAGGCCGUAAACGUGACGGGCGGUAAACCAAUCGAAAGCCGGUAUUUUAAGCACAUAACCGACCACGACGUUCUUGCCAAGUUGCCAUCCAAUGCACGAAAGCACAUCCGCGUGGUACAUUUGCCUGAUGUGGGUAUCACUAACUACGGAACAAUACAAGAGUUCGGAAAUGGCGCUCGAAACCCAGCGCAGAUAGAAGUGUUCUACAAUGGGAAACCGCUACACGUUGCACAGUGGCCAAAUGAGGGUUUCAUCAACAUAAUUGAGGUUCCAGAGGGUCAGUCCGGUACCAGGUUCCGGUACAACUCGUCGGUACCAGCGGGAUGGGCCAAUGAGACGGACUUGUGGGUAUACGGCUAUUGGUACUGGAGUUGGUCGGAUAGGUCGGUAAAGGUUGCAAGUCUUAAUGCCUACACGAACACCGUGACUGUGGUACAGAACCCACCGUACGGACUUAGGAUUGGUCAUUUUGGAAAGCCUCCAGAGCAAGUUCGCUUUGAGGAUCAAGGAGGCUACUUCCGCUUCUACAACGUGUUCUCGGAGCUGGACCAGCCUGGGGAAUAUUACAUGGACAAAAACUCUGGUAAUCUCUACGUGUGGAUGCCAAAUAAAGACGGUAACGUCAAUGCCUCUGACAUCACUUACGUCUCCCUAAUACACGAUUGCAUCAAUAUAGUUCAAAAUGUUCACGACAUAACAUUGACCGACUUCACCCUUGAGGCGUGCCGAGGUAAUGGGAUCUACGGGGUAAACGUGCACGACAUUCAGAUACAAAACAUGGAUAUAAGAAACACAGGUUUAACAGGUGCUGUGUUGACUGGAGACAGUCGUGACGUCACAAUCACACAGUGUACGAUUCCUGACGUAGGAGGUGGCAUUUAUCUAUCCGGUACCCUUUACUUUGCUUAAAACUAAGUUGUAUACUAUCAAUAAGUCAUACUAACUGUCGUUAGUUUGCAAUAUAUAUAGUAUAUGUAAAUUAGCGUGUUCAAAAUAGAAGUAGCAUAUUUUCUUAUACUAAAUGCAAGCCUUUACCCAUUCUAUGCACAAAUAUAAUCCUACUUAACAAUGUAAGAACGUAUAUGUUUGACUGCUUCAGAUGUUUGAUGUAAUGUUUAUGUAAUAAUUGUGAUUUAUUGUAGUUGUUUCACACUUGUACCGAAGUAUAUCAGUUAUUUAAUGAACCCACAGGUCGAGUGUAAAGAACUGACAUAUUGACAAAGGACAAUAAACAAUAAUGAAACUACCGGAGAGACAUUCAUGUUCAACUACUUUUAUAGCAGAACACCAACAAGGUUUUUAUAAUCGUAGAGCAAAGUUAGCUACUUAUUGCACUGUCAGACUCUGUCCACUAAGGAUAGCACAAUUAUUGAAAGAU